CCACUAGUCUCAGAAGAGAGAUCAUCGCCACAUGGAAGGAGGUGCCGACAUCACCUGACAAAUUUCGAUGCAUUAGCACCACCGUCCACCUGUACUCAGCAUUAAGCUGGAUGAUACUACUACCGUCACCUUAGAGGAGGAGGAGUUACAGCAUGGAUCACACAUGAAUCCCACUCGUAGAGAUUUAAUACUAGUGGGAGGAAGAGCGAGCCAUUGCUUGGUGUAUGGAUUGCAGAUGUAGUAAUCACAGGGAGAAGUUAUUGUAUCUCGAAAAAAGGGGAGGAAACUAGACGAGAAAUAGAUUGUGUCGAGAUGUUUCGACUUCGCAAAAGCUGCUACAGUAUUUCAUUCGGUAAUAUAACAAGAGUACUUCGAAUGGUCGAGUUAGAGGCACAGAAAGCGGCCAACGAAAUAAGGAUCGGAGAUGAGGCAGAACCAAUGCUUUCGACACGCACCUGCAUCCGAAAGCCUGAAAGCAACUUUAUUGCAAGGAAGUCGAAAAGGAUUCAACCAAUAAAUGCUCGGGAAGAUCAACAAUACAAUCCAUGAUCAACUCUGGUGGAUUUAACUUGGUUGACGUUGAUGAUCUUUUGAUAAUAUCCUACUGCAGCUUCCUUUAGUUUUUGCAGCGGUAUUAGGGUUAGGGUUCUUCUAGCGACUGCUGAAUUUCAAAUGUUCUUUUAUUCAUUUAUGUCCUAACAGGGUUUCAGUCCAUCACCGAAGAAGCCCAUGUAGAAAGUUUCCAUUCGAUAUAUCCUUGAGCGUCUCUCCUGCGGACCAACGGUGCGGAAGAAGAUCCAACGACUGUGAUCAUCCAACAUUGUGAGCAUCCGAGUCUAUCGGUAGAAAGGGGAAGGGGAAGGGAGCUGGCGGAAGCAAAGUGUUUUUACUCAGAAAACACCAGAGAGAGAAGGAAGAAGAUGUUGUUUCAGGUGGGAGGCCAAGGAACUCGCCCCACCUUCGAUACGAGAGAACUUGAGAUUUGACUGGAGCCAUUGGGUGUUUGCUUUGUAAUACGGGCAAUAUUUCACCCGUUUCUACUCAUGAGCUCGUUUAAAACACUCACCGUAAGAUUGAUCUCAACAGCUGACAAUUGUACCGCACCUAGCCAGCACCCAAAACACAGGUUUUGUUGCUUCCCCCUUUGACAGUAUGCAAUUUCUGUAGCAGAAUCGAUUGGAUUGCGCAGCAAAAGCCAAGCUAACAUUGGGAAGUCAAAUCGUUUCUAGUUUGCUCUCAGUCUCCCGAUCCAAGGCUCUCGCUUGGAUUGGAGAUAACAAUGGCAGGCGUGAUACAAAAGUUCGUUACUGCGUCAAUGUUUAUGUGGAUAAUUCCCGUUGCAAUAUUAUAUGCGUUCAACAAUAAUUUGCUUCCCGGUGUAAGCGACAUGUCUCCCUAUUCGCUCACAUUGUUGAGUGGAUUCCUUGCUGUUAUAUCUGUCAACAUAGUUAUCGCAUUUUACAUAUAUAUGGCAAUGAAAGAACCUUCAGACAAACACAAGCCUGAUCCUGCAUUUCUUGCUGAAGCCGAAGCUAGUGUAAGCAAGUUAAAAGGUGACGCUGCUUCUUCCCAAUCCUCCAAGAAAGAAGAGUAGGAUAUGUGCUGUUCUGCGUUUCGACGGUUGGAAGAACGAGUUCUGAAGUUUGUAUGCGGCUGUCUGCUGUCCGUUUGAUGCAUGUACGCUAGUUUUCGUUUUCUGUCGGAUGCUUUUGAACCUGAGAUUAUAUCAUGCUUGUAAUCACAAGCUUCUUUCUGGUUGUA